UCUACUGCAUGGUUUUAAAUAAUAUUUUCCUCUUUUUCUUUAUUUAACCAACCUUGUGCCGUUUUGGUGCUUAAUUAUAUCUAUUGAUGUUAACUAACCAUUAAAUUAGGAGAUGAAACAAUAAUGCCAUAAUCCUAUAUAUCUUGUCCUGAAAGCAAGGAAUUGCAGUUAGAUAGUGUCAAUGUUUUUAUUCUAUAUUUAUUUGCUUGAAACAUGUUUUUUUUAACAGAUGUCUUGUUUUAGACAAAAAAGGUAUAGAUGUAUGCUUGUUUCAGCUAUGAGUGUGUGUGUGAAAUGUUAUAUAUUAGAUGAAUAUAUAUGGCUUGCAUUUGUGAGCAGGCACAAAACACCAUGGCUUCUGUGUUGCAGCUCUUCUACAUACAAUUCUCCUUCGUUGUUAUCUGUUGUAUGGCGUCAAAACCAAGCGUUCAGCCUUACAUUGUUUACAUGGGGAGUUCUUCGAGUUCAAGUGCAAGCGAUGAUGACUCGUCCCAUCUACAGCUGCUGUCAUCCUUGUUCCCGAGUGAAGAGGGUGAAAGAAGAUUCUUGUUGAACUCCUACAAUCAUGCUUUGAAGGGAUUCUCUGCUAUGCUUACAGAGACUGAAGCAUCUGUUUUAUCUGGUUGCGAUGAGGUCGUGUCGGUCUUCCCUGAUCCGGUUCUGAGACUCCACACGACGCGUUCCUGGGAUUUUCUUGAAGCUGCAGAUUCGGAUUCUAGAUCAAGUUUCCCUUGUGAGCAAAAGUCAGUUGAUGUUAUCAUUGGAAUCAUAGACACAGUCAUCUCAGCAUCCGAUGCUAGGAACUGCAUACCGGGCUCUCUUGAUUACACCAAGGUAGCUAGGAAGAUCGUCGUGUGCAUGAACGACGAGGCCAACGUUUCAAGGAGGAUAAAGAAGCUAGUAGUGGAAGAUGCCAAAGCAAAAGGGGUGAUCAUAAUAGAUGGAGAUCAAGAGGAAACUUCCCCUUUUGAUGCAGGCACAUUUCCUUUUGCAGAAACUGGAGCAACAUUAGGCUCUCAAAUCCUCCACUACAUCAACUCCACUAAGAAUCCUAGUGCAACUAUACUUACAGCUACAGAGAUGAAGGGGCUGAGGCCAGCUCCAGUUGUUGCAUCCUUCUCUUCGAGGGGGCCCGGGGGGCUCACCGAGAACAUCCUCAAGCCAGACAUCAUGGCACCUGGUGUGGCGAUUCUUGCAGCAACAGUGCCAAAAAUAGAAGCAAACUACGGUGCACCGGGGAAGAAACCCUCUGCAUUCGCCAUCAAGUCCGGCACCUCAAUGGCCUGCCCCCACGUCACGGGCGCCAUGGCCUUCAUCAAAUCCUUACACCCCCACUGGAGCUUCUCCGCCAUCAAGUCCUCAUUGAUCACAACAGCAUCAACCUCAAACAACAUUGGAAAAACAGUGUCAAACACCUCAGACUCUCCUGCAAAUCCGCACCAAGUGGGAGCAGGGGAGAUAAGGCCGAUCAAAGCUCUAGACCCCGGACUAGUAAUCGAGACGAGCACCACCGAUCACCUCUACUUCCUCUGCUACAAGGGAUACAAGCAGCGGACGAUACGGUCGUUGAGCGGGACGGGCAACUUCAGCUGCCCGGCUGGAGGGGCCGCGGAGGAGCUGAUCUCGAGCCUCAACUACCCGACCAUCUCCAUCGGCAACCUCAGCCGCCGAGACGGGCCAAGGAAGGUCAAAAGAGUGGCGACCAACGUGGGGUCGGAGAGCAACGCGACGUACGUGGCGUCGGUGGACGCGCCAGCCGGGCUGGUGGUGAAGGUGGGGCCGAGCAAGAUGGUGUUCCGGCAGGGCGCGGAGACGGCGGCGUUCAAGGUUUUCUUCGAUGGGAGGCGAGCGGCCAAGGGCUACAAUUUCGGACAUGUCUCGUGGUUUGAUGGAUCGCACAUUGUUCGAAUUGUAUUUGCAGUUAACGUUGUCUGAUCAUGCAUUUUUUUUUACUUACACAGUUGUUUUUUAAAUUAUGUUUAGUUUAUAAUAGUAGUAGAUUUAAAAAGUAUCCAUUCACCAUUUACAGUGUUUUUUGGCAUAGAGAGCACAAUUUGCAAUUUAUAGUAGAUUUUAAAAGUAUCCAUUCACAAUACAGUGGUUUUUUUUGGCA